AAUUCCACGUUCCAAAUCUUUCAACUCACCAUUUUCCCUCUUCUUCUUCAUCAUACAAUUUUACAAUUAUAGUCAUGCAAAUCAGUUUACUAUCGCCGACCCCGCCGCUGACACCUUGCCGGAGCUCCUCCACCAUUGAAACCCCCCCAAUUAGGAAGCUCAAAGUAAUCACUCCGCCACACCCACCACUGUCCCUGCCAAAAAAGGUGUCGCCGCCGCUGCGUCAGCUUAACCCAUUACAGAAUUUUGCGGCAUCGCUACUGGACGCCGUCGAGUCCUCACUGUUCGUCGAUAAAUUGCCGAAAACGGUUGACCCGGCGGUUCAAAUUUCGGGUAAUUUCUCUCCGGUUCCGGAAUGCUCAGUCCGCCACGACCUUGAAAUCAUCGGAAAUUUACCUGCAUGCUUACGUGGCGUUUAUUUCCGAAACGGCGCUAAUCCCAUGCAUGCACCCACUGGUGGGCACCACUUGUUUGACGGUGACGGAAUGAUCCACGCCGUUACAUUUCACAGCGGUAACAAAGCUAGUUACAGCUGUCGGUUCACUCGUACAAACCGGCUCCAGUACGAAGCCGCUUUAGGCCGACCUGUUUUCCCCAAGCCGAUCGGCGAGCUUCAUGGUCACCAAGGACUGGCUCGCCUAGCUAUCUUUUUGGCUCGAGCCGGGAUCGGGAUAAUCGACGGCUCGAAAGGUACAGGUGUCGCCAACGCCGGUCUGGUUUAUUUCAAUGGUCGAUUGUUAGCUCUAUCAGAAGAUGAUCUUCCGUAUCACGUACAAAUCAAGGACGACGGAGAUCUUGAAACGAUCGGACGGUUCGACUUCAACGGACAGAUUAACUGUCCCAUGAUUGCUCAUCCUAAAGUGGACCCCAUUUCGGGAGAUCUUCACGGGUUGAGUUACAACAUGAUUAAAAAACCUUAUUUGAAAUACUUACGGUUCGACAUGUUCGGGAAGAAAUCUCGUGACGUGGACAUCACCCUUCGUGAGCCGACGAUGAUACACGAUUUCGCAAUAACGGAAAACCACGUCGUGAUACCGGACCAUCAAGUGGUUUUCAAGUUAUUCGAAAUGGUUCGGGGUGGAUCACCCGUGGUGUUUGACCCCAAGAAAACUUCUCGGUUCGGUAUAUUACCGAAAUCCGGAGUUGACGAGAAGGGGAUUGUUUGGAUUGAGGUGCCCAAUUGCUUUUGCUUCCAUUUGUGGAAUGCAUGGGAGGAAACUGGUGGCAAUGACGAGAAAAGUAUCGUUGUUAUCGGGUCGUGUAUGAACCCGCCUGAUUCGAUUUUCAACGACCGGGACCAGCCAUUAAGGAUCGAGCUGACGGAAAUUCGGAUGGAUGUGAAGAACCGGAAAGUGACCCGGCGGGUGUUCGGUUCAGGGAUGAAUUUGGAAGCGGGUCAAAUGAACCGAAGGUUUGUUGGGCGGAAAACUCGGUUCGUUUAUAUGGCGAUAGCGGAGCCUUGGCCCAAAUGUUCUGGCAUUGCGAAGGUGGAUUUGGAAACCGGGAAGGUGAAGAAGUUUCUAUACGGUGAAGGUCGGUAUGGCGGGGAACCGUUUUACGUGUCGGAAAAUGGGAAUUGUGGGGGAGAUAAUGAGAACGAGGACGGAGGGUUUAUUGUAGGGUUUGUGAGGGACGAGAAGCGGGAGCGGUCUGAAGUGGUGGUGGUGAAGGCGGCGGAGAUGGAGGAAGUGGCGGCGGUGAGGCUGCCUGUGAGGGUUCCGUACGGAUUUCACGGCACAUUUGUUAGUGAAGAAGAGUUGAAUGGGCAAGCUCGCAAUUAAAAAUUAUUUAGGCCCUUAUUGUGCUUGUUUUUGUGUAAAUUAAUGGGUUUGUAGAUUAUUAAUUUUGGGUGGUGGUGGUUAGGUUUGUGAUAAUUAGUGGUUUUUGAGAUGUAACUAUUGUGGAUAUAACUUAUCUAAUACUAAUAUCUACUUAAGGAGUA